ACCAAACGUGCCUGGAGGGGCUCAUCAGAUUAAAUCAUCAUUCUGACCACAACACCCGAGACCGAGACACCAGAGAGAGGAGCGAUGGAGAAGCCAGUGUUGCAGACCCAACCGUCCACCCUUCCUUUUUUCGACACGUCCCACGCCUUCAACCUGCUGCGGGGGAUCCAUGAACUCCGUGCAGAGCGAAAGUUUUUCGAUGUGACUUUGUGUGCUGAGGGCCGCGAGUUCCACUGUCACCGCACAGUGUUGGCCGCCGCCAGCACUUACUUCAGAGCGAUGUUCGCAGGGACUCUGAAGGAGAGCGCUAUGGACCGAGUCGUGCUUCACGAGGUGUCAGGGGAGCUCUUAGGUCUUCUGGUGGACUUCUGCUACACGGGGAGGGUCACCGUCACUCAGGAUAACGUGGACGUCCUGCUGAAGACGGCCGACCUGUUUCAGUUCCCCUCGGUCAAAGACGCCUGCUGUGCGUUCCUGGAGCAGCGGCUGGACGUCACCAACUGCUUAGACAUCCAGGACUUUGCCGAGGCGUUCGCCUGCAGAGAGCUGGCCACCAGCGCUCGCCGCUUUGGCCUCAAAAACAUAAUGGAGCUGGCCAAAGGGCUGGACUUUGAGCGGUUGCCUUGGAAGCGCCUCCUGGAGUUUAUGUCGGAUGAUGAGCUUUGCGUGAACAAGGAGGAGGCGGUGUAUCAGAUCGCGGUGCACUGGGUGAAGGCCGACAUGAAGCGGAGGCUGCACUACUGGCCCGAGCUGCUCCAGCAGAUCCGCCUGCCCUUCGUCCGGAGGUUCUUCCUGCUGGCCCACGUGGAGAGCGACCCGCUGGUCUACCUGUCGCCCACCUGCCUCCGCAUGGUGAACGAGGCUCGCAGCUUCCAGUCCUGCGAGUACGACCGCCACGACCGGCCGUGCCACAGGAUGCGUCCGCGGGCGUCCACGGGGCUCGCAGAGAUCCUGGUGGUGGUGGGGGGGUGCGACCAGGACUGUGACGAGCUGGUCACGGUGGACUGCUACAACCCGCAGACCGGACAGUGGAGGUACCUGGCCGAGUUCCCCGACCACCUGGGAGGAGGCUACAGCAUAGCAGCCCUCGGAAACGAUAUGUAUGUCACAGGUGAGUCAUCCAAACACCUUUUCUUUUAG